AAAUAUUUGUAGUAAUAUAUUUCCACAUAUCGUGGCUUUUACUCGAAAACAAAUAGUGCGACUUGAAAAUGACAAAUAUCAGAGCUUUAGCUUUAUUUAGUUGCGUUUUGGCAAUGCUAUUGUUUAUACCAGCUGAGCCUUCCGCGCUAGGUGCUGAAACGAAUCUUACCGGUCAGGGGUUAACUAGGGCCACACUUCAACUCGAACUUGCUUUAAGCAAAUUAUCUGCUGGAUCUGGGCCUAGUUAUAAAGUGGUAAAAGUUCACACCGCCAGUCAACAAGUCGUAACGGGUACGCUUACCAAAUACAAUGUGGAUCUUCGGGACAGUAAUAAUGCGGUGAAUAAUUGUAAUGUUGAGAUCUGGUCCAGACCAUGGUUGUCUAAUGGAAAUCAAGUCACUAUUGCUUGUGCCGGUGGGUCCUCAGUUGUGAGAAGUUUUUGAUAAAUAUACCGGACUAGACUACAAUAACGGAUUUGCUUUGAACUUGAUUAUAUUGCACUCAUAAACAAUUUCUCGAAAAAUAA